AUGGCACGAUGUUCACAGAUUUUUAUGGCAGUCAGUCUGCUCUGGAGUUUGAUGUUGUUAAGCAGGAAAUCAGAAAUUUCUACAGGCCCCGACUGCUGCGAGUUAAUCAGGCAAAACCAUACUAGUCAGUAUUGUCUAUAUUUUUUCUUAGCUGUACAGCAUCAUAGUCACACAGAAGUCUAUGUUUCUCUGGAAGGAAAUGAUUGUGAAAGAUGUGGUACAAUCACUCACCCAUGUCAGUCCAUUGCGAUGGGAAUCCAUCAAGUAGAUUGGGGCGGACAUAUUUACCUGGAUGGUACUGGAACCGAGCGAAUGCCUUACCACUGCAACUCUUCAAUGGCGCAUGAGCAACAUCUAAAUAUUAACAUUCAGAAAAGUUUGAGUUUGAUUGGUCUGAAAUCCACACCAUACAUUUCUUGCCCUAGUGGCUUGUAUUUUGACAAGUCAAGUACUCAGACAACAACUAUUGUUUUAUUUCGUGUUGUUUUUCGGCAAACGCCACUAUUGUUUCAGGAUUCUGAUUUCAAAAUUUCAACUGCUCUUUUCAAGAUACCUCCAGAUCAACUUCUUGCUUUAAAUAUCAGCGAGACGACUUUUAUGGCAAAUGGAUUUCACAAACAGCGGUUUCCAACAGGUGUAGUGACCAUUCGCUCACAAACCACGCUGCCAUCCAGCAGCAUACAUGUCCAAAUAUCUUGCUUAAACAUCACAUCUGUCAAUAACGUUGGGUACUUUAUGAACCUUGAUCUCCCAUCAGCUGUGACCAGCGAGGUUUAUGAUGAUGUCAGAUUGUUCAACAAUACUCUUUCUGAUUUGGUCAAGGCAUCCACUGGUGGAAAAACACAAAACGUGGUGAAUAGUUUGUACAAUUCUAAUACAAAGAAAACACGUGUUAUGUUCAGCAACGUAAGAUGUUCUCACAACCAUUUAUUGCGAUGUAUAAAGAUUCAUUCUGAGGAAGCCCAAGCGGAAAUCCACAACUCGUCGUUUGUCGGACAGCGUCUUCGAAAGGAAAGAGGGGGAGCGAUAUUUUUUAACUCGACAGCACACGGGUCAGUGGUCAUAUUCAACAGCGAGUUUCGUAGGAACAUAGCUAAAGGUGGUGGCGCAUUGUUUACUCAUAGUAAAAACGGAAUUUUAACUCUUAACAUGACAAGGAUUAACUUCACCGAAUGUGCAGCAGAAAUGUACGGAUGUGCAGUUUUGGUUGGCGACCUUGAUUCUUCAAAGUUGGAAAACCGAUCAACGCACAAGUUUUAUGCCAGCAUCAGAGAAAUUUUCAACUGCUCUUUUCAAGAUACCUCCAGUGCUCUGAGAAUUCACAUAACAGAUAAUGCAAGAAGGCAUUUAAAUAUUCAUGGCUCUUUUUUCUUUAACAACAACAUUUCAUGUGUGGAAAUCAUUUUGUACCACAAAGAUUCAAACCAGGAUCAACUUCUUGCUUUAAAUAUCAGCGAGACGACUUUUAUGGCAAAUGGAUUUCACAAACAGCGGUUUCCAACAGGUGUAGUGACCAUUCGCUCACAAACCACGCUGCCAUCCAGCAGCAUACAUGUCCAAAUAUCUUGCUUAAACAUCACAUCUGUCAAUAACGUUGGGUACUUUAUGAACCUUGAUCUCCCAUCAGCUGUGACCAGCGAGGUUUAUGAUGAUGUCAGAUUGUUCAACAAUACUCUUUCUGAUUUGGUCAAGGCAUCCACUGGUGGAAAAACACAAAACGUGGUGAAUAGUUUGUACAAUUCUAAUACAAAGAAAACACGUGUUAUGUUCAGCAACGUAAGAUGUUCUCACAACCAUUUAUUGCGAUGUAUAAAGAUUCAUUCUGAGGAAGCCCAAGCGGAAAUCCACAACUCGUCGUUUGUCGGACAGCGUCUUCGAAAGGAAAGAGAGGGAGCGAUAUUUUUUAACUCGACAGCACACGGGUCAGUGGUCAUAUUCAACAGCGAGUUUCGUAGGAACAUAGCUAAAGGUGGUGGCGCAUUGUUUACUCAUAGUAAAAACGGAAUUUUAACUCUUAACAUGACAAGGAUUAACUUCACCGAAUGUGCAGCAGAAAUGUACGGAUGUGCAGUUUUGGUUGGCGACCUUGAUUCUUCAAAGUUGGAAAACCGAUCAACGCACAAGUUUUAUGCCAGCAUCAGAGAGAUGUUAGUGUGGGGUUGCUUUAAUUUCAAACAACAAUGCUACAUUGUCAGAAUCGUUUUAUCUAAUGGAAAAGUGGCCAUCACUGAUUCUUCGUGGAAAAACGGCAUAUCAUCAGCACCUAAAGCUUUAAUGAUAUCAAACACGGGUGGCGAAACUGACGUGCUUAUUUCUGGCUGCAAAUUUCUGGUCAACGCUAAAGUACAUGUAAGAAGCGCUGUUGUAAUCAGAGCCCAUAAAGCGCAAGCUAAAGGAAGCGUAUUGAUAGAAAACACUGUUUUUUCUAACCAAUGGGUCACAGAUCGAGAUCGUCACGGUGGUGCCUUGUGGAUGAGUCCCCAGUUCUCCAUCAAACUGAUAAACGUUGUUUUAGCUUCAUUUGCGUACUCACUCCAAAUACUAAGGUUAUAUCCAAAAGGACCUUCUGAUACUCGCCCAUUCCGCAUUUCUAUCUCAAACUGCAGCUUCCUUGAGAACAGCUUUGAUAUCUUGGCACAUACAAAGGAUCCAGCCCGUGUAGAGCUGGGCAUCGAGAACACAAUUUUCAAGAGCAGUCAAAGGACACAUAAAAACUUCGGGCUCUAUAUCAUUAUUAGGCCUUUGGAUGUACUAAAUAGUUCCAGUGCAGUUAUUAAAAUUAACAAUGUCACAUUUGAAUCGAGACCAUGCAACGUUUUAUCCUUGUUAUUUAAAGGCAACAAAACUUUACAAAUACAAAACUCAGUUUUUCGGAAUGGUAUAUGUUUCCAACGAUAUGCGUGGAAAGGCGAUAUUUACGAGACCUCGACCGGUGCGAUAACGGUCCUCACACCUCGUGAUAAAGUCGUAAGUACAGGAUGUGUCAAAAGAGCGGAAAGGAAAGAAACUCAUCCUCAGUGGAGCUAUCGAACUCAUGCUUUAUUUGAAGACAACAUUUUUGAGGGAAACGUGGGGUUAAUCGCUGGUGCUGUGCACGUAACCAACGGCUACACAACAUUCCAAAGAUGCACUUUUAGGAAUAACUUUGCCAUCGAACAUUCUGGACACGUUUAUUCCGCAUAUGGAACUGGCCAGGUGGAUUUCAAAGAUUGUUUCUUCUCUGCAACGAAGAAGAACAUCACGAUAAACGAUACUACAUUUUACAAAACGACCUUUUUCCUUUCCGAAAGUAGGGGACCUAUAUAUCUUCAAAAUACAACUAUGUUAUCGUCUGCUGCUGAAACUUAUUCCUAUCCCGUACUUGAGAUUUCCAACGGAAGCUUCGUAUACAUGAAUGAUAAUACGACCAUCCAGUGCGAAAUCGGAAAUAAGCUCGAGUUGGAUAAUGCGACACAUUUUGUAUAUACAGGACAAAACAAAAGCUUUUGCCGAAUAAAUAUCACUGUCUUGAAAUACUCUUGCAAUCUGUGUGGCCCUGGUUUUUACAGCAUGCAAAAAGGGGUAUCACGUGGUGUAUAGUCAACAAUACUGUACGUCAAGUGUCUACAAUGCCCAUUCGGUGCUACUUGUAUAAGACGGAAUAUAGCUGUUAAACCAAAUUUUUGGGUGUUUAGGUUUUCGCUCAUUUCCCAAAGUUCGGCCAUAAAGUCAUCAUCAAUCUUCUCGAAAAGAGAUGUCAUUGCUGUAAAACAAUAG